GACUAGGCACUUAAGAGGCUGUUAUGCAACCAGUGACCUACUAACACAUAUCUGGCAGCUACAGACUCCCUUGCUGGAAAUUGGAACAACAGCAGCAACAUAACAUGAGGAAACAAGACAGAACAGAAUACUAUAUCAUCACAACCUCAGAAGGACUCUGGAUACACACCACUACACUGGGAUGCUUUUAUACUUCUGUUCCUGUCCAUCUUGAAAAGACGGUCCAACCAAAUAAUUCAGACAUGCUGUGAAAGUAGAAUGCCUGGCUGUGAAAACAAAAAUUCUCUGACCGUGUGCAUUUGUGUACACAAAAAGAAGGUGUUUCCUUCAGCUUUGUUUUAACAUCAACAGAGCAUGACAGGAUAUCUGGCUUCCUUUUAAAGUUCUAAUGAAGGUUUAUUUCCAACAAUAAACAAUGCUGAAGAUGUAUAAGUAAUAGUCUAUCCUUAUCAAUUUAAAUUGUUGUAGAUUGUCAAAGCCCUACAUGUGCCAUGUGCCCCUCGGGAAGAAAGAGGCAUUGCAUAUUUCAGAAAUAAAAGUAUACAGCUGUCUAAAUCAGCCUGCUUUGAAAGAACAUAAAAACUACCUCAGAACUAAGAAGUAGUUUGAGGACUUUUGGAGCAAAUGAUAAAUCUGAACUUUUUUUAGUAGUUCAUGUAGCAUUUCACUGAACUGGAUGAAAAUACCUCUGUCUGAUGAAAAUUAUCUCAGCACUUCGCAACUCUCACUUUACCUCCAGAGAAAUAGUUAUUUAAAACAUUUACACUUUUGCAGGAGUACUUAACUCUCAUUAUUAUCUUUUAGCAACUAAAAAAAGAAAGUCUGUCCAAAGAUGGAACUUGUUUCAUCACCAUCACUCUGUCUUUCUGGAAAUUUUACAGCUUUUCAUGAUAAAAUCAUGCAAAGAGACAGAGCUGCAAAGUCAAAGCCUAACAUCAACUGCCGGAGGAAGAGGGAGUUUAUCUCUGAAGAAAAGAAAGAUGCUAGUUACUGGGAAAAAAGGAAAAAGAACAAUGAGGCAGCAAAAAGAUCAAGAGAGAAGCGUCGCCUUAAUGAUAUGGUUCUGGAAAACAAGGUUUUAGCACUGAAUGAAGAAAAUGUUCGCCUUAAAAGAGAACUACUGCAACUUAAAUUACGGUUUGGAAUGAUCACCACUGCCAGCUACAUAGAAAAAAGUCAACAGCUUGCUGGAGGUACAGUAAAGACAUUCUACAAUGGUUACUCCAAUGGUGCCUCUUCGGUGAUUAACUCGGACUCAUCAGAGAAUGAGCAAUCAAGCAAAGGCAGUGGAAGUGUUUCACUGGCAAAAUAUUCCCCUAGAGGGUCUGUAUCAGAUAUGUCAGAUGGAUCAUCUAGAGACAGUCCCAUUCCAUUAAUGUACACAGAUGGUUCUCAGGGUAGUAUGCCUUUGACCCAUAGUUACCAUUUAAAUUCUGCUGCCAUCAGCUCUAGAGAUGGUCUGCAUAGUUCAGCUCAGAACCUUCUGGGAAAACAUGAGGAACAAUUGAAUGAGACUACAGCAAAGAGAGGAGCUAUUCUGUUCAGUACUCAUGGAUUUGCAGUAGAUUUGCAGGAGUCUGAAUCAAGAAAUGAGGACCACGAUGCCCCUACUUACUAUUAUCAGCAUAUGCAUAAGCUAAGAACAACCAAGACAGAAGAAACUCAUACACAAGAUCACUCUCUUCAUCAUAGUCCAGUUGUCUCUGGAGUGGUGUCAUGCCAGCCAGUACCAGGGACUAAAGAUGUGCCUGAAAAUAUAGUUAAUGACAUUUCUAACCCAGACAAAGAUAAUACGUCUGAAGAUUUAAGUUACCAACAUGGUGCUGUCCCAGAGGGAUCAAGCAAUAUAAAGUGUAAAACAAAUGACCAUUUAAACUCCAGUUUUUCCAUACUUCAGUCAUGUGAAGAAAAUCCAUGCUUAAAUUUGGUUCUGCGCCAUACUCUAGAGCAUUCCAUAAGUCAAAAUAACAUUACUCAUAGGAAAAAUUCUUCUGAACUAUCUGUUAACCAAAGCUACAUAAAUGAUGGCUCAUCCUGUUUAAAUUCACCUGUCCAUGAUGUUUUUGAGCAAGAAGCAACAUAUGAAGUAAAUACAUGCUCCAAAACCCCUCCAGCCUCAAUUUCUCCUUCUGGCUUUUCUUCUGUUCCUUCAGGUUUUCCAGAAUCCUUUCAGGAUGUAAAAACAUCUGCACUUCCUCAUAAACUACGUUUAAAAUGCAGAAUACAAAGUACAUGCGGGCAAGAUCACAUAGUUGGUGCCUCCAGUGUGGGGCAAGAUCACACAGUUAGUGCCUCCAGUGUGGGGCAAGAUCACACAGUUAGUGCCUCCAGUGUGGGGCAAGAUCACACAGUUAGUGCCUCCAGAGUGGCACAGUCUUCUUCAGAGCAAGCCGAUGAAACUGCCAACAGCUGUGUGCCUGAUGUCUUUAAGAACAUGUCACAGUCUAAAGCAGCCAAAAAUAGGUCGGGAGACAAUGGCAAAGACCAGGAAGAAGGUGUGAUGAGACAGCUAGACAUGUUGUUAAGCUUUCAUGCAUUGAAUAAUGGACCUAAUAAACUGUUAGCUAAAACAACCCUGUACCAAGCACUUUUAGAUAACUCCCUACCAAUCACAUGGAGUGGUCUGCACUCACUGAUGUUUGACCAACAUUUACAAGAUCAAUUGCUAUCAUCCUCAGGUCCUAAGGAACAAAUCUGUUUUUCUUUUAGCAGGAACCACACAUAAAAGUGUAAAAGUCAAGGUAGAGAAAGUAAAACAAGCACUUGAAAGCAGAAGACAUAGUUUCCAAGAUACAUGUUGGAGUAACAUAUAUGUCUCCUGCCUUUUGUUUACUGCUGAAAAAGUGUUCUCAAAAUGAAAGUGUUUAUCUUUGGGAGCUCCUCUGACUUGCAGUUAUUCCUUAUUACAUAGAACAGUGACAGUCUGUUGUGACACUACUGUUGCUUACUAAAGGAAAUAGGCUAUAAUGCUGGAAGCUGAGUAGAAAGGAGCCAUGUUAGGAAUAAACAAAGGGUUCAUAGUGAGCUACAUGGGGCAUCACCCCUGCAUAUAUGCCUGUAGUGUCAAUAGUCAUUUAUGAGGACAGGAAAAACAGAGGCAGAGGCAAUCCAUUGCUUCUUAUCAGGAUGUUAUAUUUGAACAGAUCUUCCUUGCCAGUCAGUGGCCCAGCACACACUGGAGUUCAAUCAGAUGAGACGUGUCAGGUGAAAAAUGCUUCUUAGGUUUCUACAUGUAAUUUUUAUUGCUUAGGAAUAGUACCACAAUCAAUUUUGUGAAAAACAAGCAUUCACAAUUACUUGAGAGCAGGAAACACUUGGACUGCCACUGUACAACAAUGAAUGUGUGGCUUUUACUUCUCAGGUUUGCAUACCUAAUACCUGGACUUGCAACAUGUUAUUGACUCUAGAGACAAAUACAUCCAUUCCUCACAGACUCUGUUUUAGUAUCAUUUGUGAAAUCUUGAACUAUAGUCAAUAAUGUGUCAAAAUGUCAUAUUUUCUUCCUUCAAAAGGUAUCACAAUCAGAGCACUGAAGUAUCCCCCAGGGCUAUAUCAGUUAUUUAAAAUUUUAUACUCUAUGGUCUCAUUUCUAACUUUAUUGCUACAGCUACACAGCAAAUGUAACCUCAUACUUCAGGGACUGCCGAAAUGUAGUACUGUGGGCCUAGGUCAGGGUUUAACUGAAAAUCCAAAAGGGAAAGAUAUUAUAUUUCAUAAUGAACACAUUUCAAAAUAUAAAUGCAGUGAUUUUCAGUAAUAUAACUGAUUUAAGGAGUUUUAUCAUAAUCUAAUGCUGGGUUUUGGCACAGGUUUACUACCAUUCACAAAUGAUUAUGUCUGCAUAUUUGAAUUUCAACAAAAAAAAAAAAUGCAAGUCUGCUUAGGUAUGUUACAAUGUCACCGAAGGUCCCACCUCUAUGUUUUGGAAAAACAUAACUAUAGCUAAGCAAUGUGGGAAGGUUUUGCUCAAAACGCCAACUGCAGAUGUGUUUUAUUUCCAAGGCAUUUUUAGUGCACAAUUUAUAAACUAAGAGGAUGCAGUAUUGAUUUGUGCUCACCUUAAGCUAAAUCACAAAGUAACAUUUGACCUCUUCUUGUAGUGUAAUAUUCAAGGCAAUGCUUUUAAGCAAACUACCUACAAACCAGUAUGUGCAUACCUUAGACGGUAGGCACUUAGGACCUCAAUGAUAGAAGUGAAAGGAGGAAACGCACCAAGAAUACCAACAUGCACUAGAAGAAGAGGUGUCUGAAGCACAGCAUAUACUUCAAAAGCAUGUUUCAUGACUGAUCUUCUUGUUGUAAUCAGAAAUUUAGAUAGGCAGUACAAAUUACAGCAAUCCUUAAACAGUGUUUUGCGAUCCAGCUACUUCAACUCCCGCUCUUCCAGACGGAUAUUAUUCUGUGAUUAUUUUCAAGUGUAGGCGAUUCUGUGGUGCGAGAGUGAAAUGUGUUACAAGAAGAACACACAUAUCACUCUCUCCAUACACAAAAACAUACACACGCCCACAUGCAUAGUGAAUAAAUAAGUGUUUAUUAACUGCUCACAUUUCAAAAAUGCGCUGACUGCGGUUAUGAAAACCCGUGGCAUGAUGUAGCAUUUUCAGUAAUUAAAUUCAAAGUGUGGCUUCUUUUAUAUAUUUGUCAGCAAAGUGCAUUCCGACUUCUUUUAUCUGACAUUGUUUUUUUAAACAGAUAAUGAAAAUAAUUGUUAUACAAGCAACAAUAAGAAGGUUAAAGUGCAAAUGUAAGAUACAGGAGAAUCGUAAGCAAUUCUUAUGAGUAAACACUCGUCAUUUACACUGCACUUUUUUAAUCUUGUAACACAAUAAUAAUGCCUCUGUUAAAAAUUUCCCAUUAUGAAAUACUUUGUGUAGCUCCCUGACUCAGAAAUUAAAUGAUCCUAGCUUUGUCCUUUUGUUUAAGUUUUGAUAAACAUUAAUCUCCUAAGAUUUCCUAGCAUAUUUAAACAGACAUGUCCAUUGUUGUAAGAUAUGAGUUUUCAAUAAGCUUUAUUUGCAUAUCAUAGGUAAAUAUUAGACAAGCUUCCCUUGUAGGCCAUUUUAAAUCUAGCCAGUUUCUCUUUCAUGAGAAUCAAACCCUGUGCCGUGUAUUUGAGAGCUAAACAACUUGACCAUUACAUCAGCUUCCCAACCUCUACAUGAGCUUAGUCUAGAAAACUCAGGCUAUUAAAAUCAGUUUAUUCUUUUGUAGGUAGGCUUCAAAUAAAAAUUCAGGGCAUGAUCUGUCAAUAUUAAGUAUAACACAGGUACUUGUCACAUUUAAUCAUCAGCAGAAUGCCCAAAUGCUGUCUACCACAACAACUGAAUGGAUAUUACACUGGAUUCAUUCAACUCAAAACAAACGACAGUAUAGCUGUUAUGACUGAAUGGGUAUUACACUGGACAGCAUGAACUCCAUGCACAUGCCUUUUUUUGUUUCAUAUUAGCAAGAAGUAAAACCAGCUGUUACUUUAUGGUUUCCUUCCUUUUUUUAAUUAAACUGUGGAUGUUUGUGUGUAUACUCAUCUUUUUAACCCAGGCACAUAGUGUGAGUUUUUUCCAUGAAUAUCAGAAAUGAAUUUCCCCGCAGAGUUUAUGUGGCACUGAUGCAUUAUAAAUGUCUGCUGUGUGGUAGUGCAUGUAAACAUGUUUUUUUUAUUUUUACUUUAUUAUUGUUAUUUUUAUGCUGUAUAUCAAGUUGCAGUCACAAGAUAUACUGAGUUUUAACUCUGAAGCUUUUUUAGAGCUUCAGUAACAACAGUAGGCCCAGUACAAAUAAGAAAUUUGAAUGUAUAUAUUUACAGACUGUCAUUACUAGCAAAGCACAAGAAAGGAACAAGGAAUAAUUACGAAUAAAUGCUGCGUACAAUGGAACUGAUGUUGAUGGAGUUCCAUAGUGACUGUUUUUAUGAACCUUUUAAACAGUGCCCUAAGGGCCAUUCAACUGAAGGUACAAUAUUCUAAUAUAAACAUGUAAAUAAUGUAAAUACUGUACAUAAUGUUCUGGCUGGUUACAGCCUGUAUUAAAUUUUACUGUGGUUUGUUUUGUUA